AUGGCGGCACUGAACGCUCCCUGCGAGAUCACCGUCGUCGACUUCUCCGAAGACCGCCUGACCAUUCAGAGACUUGACAAUAGAACGCUGACGGGUUUCUUGACCCGGCCGCAACCGGAAUGGGCUAGUUGUCGCUGGAUCAAUGUCAAUGGUCUCAGCUGGGAUGUCAUUCAAGCCCUGGGGCGGCAUAAAAACCUCCACCGGUUGGCAGUCGAAGAUAUGAUGAACACGAAGGACAGGACAAAGGCGGAAUGGUUUCCCACACAUGCCUUUAUCGUUCUGACCCUUCAAAAGCUGGUCCAUGUAUACGAAUCCGAGAGCGAGGACUCCGAUUCCGAGUCUGAAGACGAUGCUAGGAGCCAGAGGAGCGUGUUGAGCAAGCGGAGCGCGAGGUCUCCGAAACGGCUCCUGCGGCGCUUGAAAAGGAUGUUUCGCCAGAAAGCCGACAACCGGGGAGAGAAAGUCCCGGGCACUGGCAGGUCAUCCAUCCCCGGAAAUGCUGGUGUCUAUCUCAGAUCCCAACCCACUGGCUUCUCCGAAGUGUUAGACAUCAGCCAGCUGCGUACACUCCAGCGCUAUCAUGCCUCGCCAAACGACCCGCGGACAAGGUACAUGGAGAAACACUCGGCCCUAUCCCCCAGGAACUUGGCCGUAGCCUGCGAGCAGGUGUCUAUGUUCCUCACCAACGACAACUGCAUCAUUAGCUUUUUUGAACAAUCAGCCCAUGAUAUCGAGGCGCCCAUCGUCCGGCGUCUCCAGACCAAUGACACUAUCAUCAGACAAUCAUGCGAUGCUUCCUUAGUCGGUCAGGCCAUUAUGGACGCAAUAAUCGACUUAGCGAUCCCAGUCACAGCGUGCUACGACGAUGUGAUUGGUGAUCUUGAACUGGACGUCCUCAACCGGCCCAAUAUCGGGCAUACCAAAAGCCUGUAUAUUCUCAUCUCUGAGAUCAACAAAAUCCUGUCCUUCAUCGCCCCCAUCACAACACUCAUCAAUGCCCUACGUGAUCACGAAGCCAAGGUGGCCCCAGACGUGAUCAAGACACAUCUACGGGAUCCGAACCACGGAGUCAUCAUCACGCCCAUGACUUACACCUAUCUUGGGGAUGUGCUCGACCAUUGCGUGCUGAUUACCGAGUCGCUUAACCAGCUCAAAGGCUCAGCCGAUGGCAUGAUUGGGCUCAUAUUCAAUACCCUCUCGGCCCACCAAAACGAGUCUAUGAGGCAGCUCACCGUCGCCACCAUCAUCUUCCUACCUUUGACGUUCCUCACCGGAUAUUUUGGGCAAAACUUUGUGCCGUUCGACGUUUUGGGCGAGGAUAUCAGCUACUUGUACGCACCACCCCUUUACGACUGA